UUUAUGAACUUAACGAAGCAAUUUAACAAAAAAGUCUAAUAGGAUGAAAUGAUGACGAGGUCCUUAACUUGACCAGUUCUAUGUUUGGAACCUUGUGUGAAGAGUAGAGGGAGUUGGAUUGCGUUCCAUUAUACUUUUCCUCGGAAAUCCGGGUGGUAAUUUUUUUCCGACUCGGAGGUCGCAGUUCUGAGUUCUGAGAUCAUACUGGAACGAUUAAACCCGACUUCCGAUUUCCGAGGUACAAUGGAAGCCUGGUGAUUUCCCACAGGCAGAAAAGUUGCCGGUCCAAUCACAACCGAUUAUCUGACAAUGGGCGGGGUUUGAACAACCAAUCUCCUCCUCUGGUUGUACGUCUGUCCAAUCGCUUUCGAAGGCAUUUAGCUCUGUGUCCGUCUUGGAAAUCGAAAAUGAACGUAGAGGUUCCAGACUAGUCCUCAUUCGAGGAUUAAUCUGGCUACACCAGACUAUGAGGUGAUGGAUCUGUGAACUACUUUUUUCCCUGUGAGCAGCCUGAUGUCCGGACACUGAAAACAAUGGUUUACCCAACGACGACCGGCGGCUCGAGUCCAGGUGCUGCUGUCCGCAGAGGUCCAAUGACCUCAGGGUACCUCCAAAACACACACACACACACACACACACACACACACACACUGUUAAUAUUUACACUGGCUGUUUAUGUGAAGUGUCCUGAGUAAUGAAACAACAGUUCUGUUUAUAUUAUAAAGUAGACAUGAUAAGUGACCUCAUCAUGAUCCUAACUCGGCACAUAUUCAAAAUCAGAUGCAAAAUAUGACCUUAUUUGACUCAUAAAAGACAGAUUAUGAUAUGGCACUUAAAGGUUAAAGGUUCAUUCCGUGCCUGGGUCAUGCGUCCUUUGCGCUCCGCUCCCUCGGUGGGCGGAGCGCACCGUGUUCUCCUCCCGCGCGUAAUCGCGCACCGCCGGAGGAGGACCGGACCGGCGCGUAAUGACACACCGCCGGAGGAGGACCGGACCGGCGCGUAAUGACACACCACUGGAGGAGGACCGGCGCGUAAUGGCACACCACUGGAGGAGGACCGGCGCGUAAUGACACACCGCCGGAGGAGGACCGGACCGGCGCGUAAUGACACACCACUGGAGGAGGACCGGCGCGUAAUGACACACCACUGGAGGAGGACCGGUGCGGAGGGACGACGCACCAGGCAACACUCACACCGGCAACCUGUCAGCCAGCAAGAGGCUCGGCUCCCGUGCGCACUUUGCUGAGUGACCGGAGCUCCGAGGUGUCCACUGCUCAUCAUGUUCGUCUCCGGAGGCUCGUGGCUUCACCCGGGUCCGGUCCCGGUUCAGGUCCCGGUCCUGGUCCUGGUCCUGCAGCUCGCGCUGUGGAACAUGGCGGAGGCCAUCCACCCGGACUGCGCCCUGGUGGUCCAGCACAUGAAGGCUCAGGACGAAUGCAACCGGAUCCUCCACCGGGAGGAGGAGAUGAUCAACAACCGCUCCAGCAGGACAGGUUGUCCGACGGUCUGGGACGACAUCCGCUGCUGGUCCCGUGCCGAGGUGGGACAGGUGGUCAGCGUCUCGUGUGCCAACGUGUCGCAGCUGUUUGCCAAUAACCAAGGUUACAUCCACAGGAACUGCACGGAGGACGGAUGGUCCGAGACCUCCCCGCCCUACGAGGACGCCUGCGAGUUCGCGGAAGAUGAGGAGGCGGAACCAGAGACGGCAUACUUCUCCAACUUCAAGCAGGUGUACACCGCCGGCUACGCCACCUCCCUCAUCUCGCUCAUUUCCGCUAUUUUUGUCUUCACUGUGUUCAGGAAGUUCCACUGCACCAGGAACUACAUCCACAUCAACCUGUUCUUCUCCUUCAUCCUGCGAGCGAGCGCCGUCUUCAUUAAAGACGGCGUCCUCUUCUCUGACGAAAACCUGGACCACUGCUUCAUGUCGACUACGUCCUGUAAAUCCGUAGUGGCCUUCUUCCAGUUCAGCAUCCUGGCCAACUACUUCUGGCUGCUGGUGGAGGGCAUGUACCUGCAGACGCUGCUGGCGCUCACCUUUGUCUUCCAGAAGAAAUACUUCUGGUGGUACAUACUCGUCGGCUGGGGUCUCCCGACAACGAUCAUAACCGCCUGGAUCCUCACUCGGAACUUCUACGACGACAGGGGGUGCUGGGACGACACGGACGUGUCCGUCAUCUGGUGGAUCAUAAAAGCUCCGAUAACUGCAUCGCUACUGGUGAACUUCAUCAUCUUCAUCAACGUCAUCCAUAUCCUGGUGCAGAAGCUGAGGUCGCCUGGUGUCGGGGGCAACGACACCAGCCACUUCAAGCGACUGGCCAAGUCCACGCUGCUCCUCAUCCCUCUGUUCGGGAUGCACUACAUGCUGUUCGCCUUCCUGCCGGAGACCACCGGCGCAGAGGCCCGACUCUUCAUCGAGCUCGGCGUGGGAUCCUUCCAGGGAUUCGGAGUGGCCCUGCUCUACUGCUUCCUGAACGGUGAGGUGCAGGCCGAGCUAAAGAAGAGGUUUUGGAAGUGGCAGACUCAGAACUACCUGCGCUACAGUAAGCGCCGGCGUACGCUGUUCACCGAGAGCAGCACGGUCACUCAGAUCUCCGUUCUGGACAAGUCCAGCGCCAAAGAUCCGGCGGCCUCGGAGACGCAGGCCCUCACGCACAGCGCCGCCGCCGCCACGCCCAACAACGUCUCCGCCGUCUGAGUAAACGUUUCGACCGCGACUGAAUGUUCACGUCCUGUGUUUCGACAUCUGCUUUGUGUUCGGACGACGUCCUGAGCAAAAGACGGCGCCGCCGAGUCCGAUUGAGGGAGAACGUCGGCGGUCGUGGAGAACGGACGGGGGUCUGCGGAGCGGCAGCGUCGAAUUCAUUUGAAACCAAUUACGCGUCAUGUCAGAAAAAAAUCCUCCUCCUCCAUUUUGGUUUCACCAGAGCUUGUUUUUGUGUGAGUGUAGAUGAAAGUCAUUUGACGUCAACCAUGAGCAGUUAGCAGCCGCUACAUCAGCCUGAUUGACACGUGGCUCCUCCCACUCCCCCGUCAGACGGCUGCUCACUUUCCAAGACUCGGGGCGCCGUCGAGCAUCGUGUCAAUCAGUCGCGAAUCCUUACCUGACCAAUUAGCAUGCGUUAGCAGAAGGCUAACGUGUCAGGGGCUAAGUCGACCUCCCUGUAAGACAAAACAAAGAGGAUUAAGUUUUUCUUUUAAAUUCAAAUUGUGAUAAUCGACACGAAAGUUUGCCAAAAUUUAAAUAAAAUGUGGCUUUUUGGUGUAGAAGCGGUGCCACGUGGUUUCAUGAAUAUUGGGCGGCGAGUCUCCCGUGAUUAACGUUACUGAGGUUUCUGCCCACGUUUCCACCGGUGGCUCUGAACGCAACAUGUUGCACAGUGCACUCGUGCACAUCUGGAGCACUAGACUGUAAAAUCUAUUUAUUUGUUAGUUGCCAGAUUAUUUUUUAUCUAUCUUUUAUACGUCUUUGUGUGAAUGUAUAUAGACCUGUAGUCGUUUACAUGUGUUUUAUGACAACGUUGCCAACAGAUUUUAAUGUCGCCGUCUGAUUAAAUGACCGUGUUAUCGUAAAAAUAGCUCACGAAUAAUGGAUUUUAGAGGAAUAUUUAACUUUAAAGUUGGUUUAUAUAUUCAGCAUUUUUGUAUCAUAGAUGUUACUUCAUUUUAUUCUUAUAUGCCGUCAUAUUGCAAAAUGUGGAGAAAAUUUAAAUUGUUCAUGUUGUUAUUUGUUAGCAUUGGUUUAGUGAGGCCCUGUUACUGAUUGCUGUGCUAACGCUAACGCUAACGCUAACCCAGCGCACGUUUCCCCCGAGGGCACGAGACGAGAGGUUUUUCAAUUGAAUUCAUAUUGUUUCUGUUUUACAGGUGUGUUACGGUGAAUACUGUACCUAUACGUGCAUGUACAGUAUAAUUACAUUGCUCAGCUAAACACCGCUACAGUGCCUUCAUCAUACAGAUACAACUCGCCGUUUCUCGUUUCAGCUCGGUCCAACCUACAAGUCGGUUUAGGAUUCAGAGUCAUAUAUUUAAUAUUGUGAUAUUAUCCCGUGUACGGUGCAGAGAAAAAAAACAUAUUGCUUCUGUUCUGUGUCACAAUCUGUCUUUGACCUUUUGUUGUAUUUAAAAAAAUUGUGCAGCAACAAA